GUCAACGCUUGCUGCCGUCUUGCCGUCUUGCGAUGGAGUCGGUGGGAACGAGGCUGUUCACAGCAACGUCCCACUUUCUCCGGGCCAAACCAAUGCUCACAGAAGAGGAAGUCCGGUCCAUGCUCACACUCAAGGAAUACCUCGAUCGAGUCUACCGCUACCAUCGCCGCCGCUCCAGUUUGAGCGGCUCUGGUCGUCAGUAUUUCAACGCGUCCAACUUUCGACCGAUCAAGCUAAAACAGUCUGGAUCGACGGGGUCCAGGCGGUCCGUCGGACUUGUGGCAUCCCGCGCUGAACACGAGAGCGGGCUCGCCACCGCUGCCAUCAAAGGCAUCCUCUGCGCUGUCCACCCAUUCACAGAACUGUCCGAGUACGAAGUCAACACGUCCGUGUUUGAAAAGCUCUUUGGCACCACGAUCGCGUACUACUGGUCGCUGUACAAACCGUUUGCCACCAAGAUCGCUUGGAUCACAACACUAUGGUGCCUUCUGUACAACUCGCCCCUCCAGUCGCUGUUUUUAACCCUUACCAGCGAAACCGUGUGUCGAUUGAUUUCCAUGUUUGCCAUCCUCUGGCUCGUGCUGUACUUUUGGUCCCAGCUCAACUGGCGCAUGACGGUCACAGUCCUUGGGUACUUUGACGCGUGGUUCUUCAUCACUCAAGCGAUCCUGUACGCCGUAGCCAUCAUGGCGCUGUACGACUGGGAUGUCGUGGUGAUCGUAUACAACGUGUUUGGCAUUUUGGGGUUCUCGGCGGUCAUAGCGUACGACGCGUAUCCGUUGUCGAUGCGCAAUAUGGUCAAGUACAUGCUGUUUGUGAUCAUGGCGUGCCUGUUUGCGGGGGUGAUCAUGAUGGGGCUGGACAGCGGGUUUAUGGACCGGUCGCUGCGCAUGGACUUGUUCCAUGGGCUUGUGCAUGCAAACUGCCAAGCCGAAGGCAACGUCACCCUCACGUGGAGCUUCAACGUGUACGACUUUGCCAUCCAGCGGCUGCAGAUCCUCACCGUGUACAUGAUACGCAACACGUAUUGGGCGUUCAACGCGCCGCGGUAUUGCGUUAUUAUCAAGAGUCGCGUAGCUCUCGAGGAAAUGCCUGUGAUCGGUGUUCGGAUCCUGCCGAGCGAACCCACGCCAGGGCGACGCAACUCGUUGAUUGGGCAAUCGUUCAAAGCGACCAACCAGUCCCCCGUCACAGCUUCAACCCCCCCACCGCUCACCAGUUCAAGCUCGACGGUCACACCUGUUGCCGCCGGCAUCCCCGCCGCAGCGUCCGCAUCCAUGACCUCCUCCCCCCUCGCUUCUAGCUCGAGGCAACAAUCUGCCGUGCACCUUCAGCCCAACACUGGUCCCCUCUACGACAUGCAUCCGAUUCAAAACGACACCAUUCACACGUAUGACGGCCGCCACCGCAUGAGCGUUGUGAGUGUGCCAAACCUGGAACUGCUCAACUCGGGGGCCAGCGGCAGAGCUAAGUCCCACGACGACGACGCCUCGACGUCCGUGGAACCCACGUCAGCAAUCCAAGCGUCCGCGUUCACGGUGGUCGUGAGCGCGCCCAUGGCCGUCCACCGGCCGCCGAAACCCACGAGGUCCCUCAAGCUCCCAAAACUGAGCACGCGCAAACUGCUCAUGGAGUCCGUAUCCCGGUCGCGAAACAUGACAAAGGCCGUCCUUCGCACGUCCACAGUCCAAUCGUCGCUCCGCGGGUACAUCCAGCGCAUUCCCGUCAAGAAGCGCAAGAGCUCCAGUGUGCCCAGCAACCUCCACGCCUUUGCCCGCGUGCCAUAACCAACGACAAGUCAGUCGAACAAACUAGACUAGUAGCAAUCAUGUGUGUGUGUGUGAGCCAAACCCAAAGCAGUGUGCCACGCAUUUCACAUGUUGACGGGACGACGACAACGACGACGGGGGGGGGUUUAAUUUAAUACAAUGGAUCGAGCCACGGCGAUGCCGGGGCCAACGUCAGCACCAACGAGCCAGGAACCAAACUCCCUUCUUUCCACUCGCCCCUCAGCACUUCGCCACUUGGGAACCGCAGACUACCGCUGCCGUGCUUCUUGUUGUGCUGCCACUCACCAUGGUAGCUCUUGCCGUCAGUCUUGCAGUAAAACGUGCCCGAGCCAUGGCGCAUAUAGCCCACGACCUGGCCCUCGUACUUGUCGCCAUUUGCAAACGUGAGCACGCCACACGCAACGUUGCCAUCGCGACCCCACUCGCCCACAAAUACAUCGCGGUUCUUAAACACGAGCUCCCCCUACAUAGUUAUUGCCAAGCAUUGGCUCGUCGAGAACGACAUAUACAAGCUACCAAUAAUACACACACGAACAAUAUAUAUACAGUACAUACCUUGCCUUGCUUGAUCC